AUGUCUAGACCCCUGACCUCUCUUCGUGCACACUCCGGAAGCACCUUUCAGCAUUCGGCGGACUUGCGUAACGAGCUCGAAGAGGCCAUUCUCGCAUAUACACAUGGAUACGCCGACAAUCUUCGCCAGUUUUUCUUGCAGAAUGAUAAGGCCAAGACGGGGCAGCUCUCUGACAUUCUGUUCCGCCGGGCGCUUCGCUCCAUUGGUAUCCACGGACCAGUUGAGCUGCUUAAUCGUGCAAUAGAAGAGGCCACUGACCUUAAGAGUGGACUAAUAGAUUAUGAGGCGUUUUUGGGGCUCUUUGCGUUUAAGGGCGACAUACCCCCCGAGGCUGAACGAGGAACAUCAACCAUUGUUCAUAGCCGAUACGUGGGUAAUUACGCAGAGCUUGACUCUCAGAAAAGCAAGAGACCUUCCUCGCGUUCAGCCACAAAUCAGAGACAGCAUCAUGACGAACCCCUCAACCUUGCUGAUGUUGAAGGUGAUCCUCUACCUCAGGAGGAAGUGAUUGCCGGCGCACCCUCGAGCAGAAGCACGUUUAAUCUGCAGGAGGAGAUGCGCAAGGCAGCGGAUGACUUAAAGCGCAUGCAAUCCGAAACAAAUACAGAAUUUCAAGUUGGAUUGAAGCUCAUUGCGACCCAAGUACUUCAAAAGGGCUCUUGUGUUAAGGUUUUCCGAACGAAAUUUGACAGAAACCACAAGGGAAAUAUAGGGGUCCAAGACUUCCUUCUGGGUGUUCGAUACCUAGGGAUACCAUCUGAUCUGAUUAGCAAUGAUGAUCUCGUCGAAAUUUUCCAAUCGUACUGCACAGAGGACGGCUCCAUCUCGGUCAUUGAGUUUGAGGCUAUGGUGAACGCCGGUGAAGACACCAAGGACGUUACCCGGACUAUGCACGAUCGUCAAGCAAGGUCCACCAGAGACCCGACCCAUGAUGUGGCUCUUCUGCUGGAGGAAGCCCAGACUGUUAGUGCAAGUGGGAUCUCAGGUGAAAGGAAACCCUUACGUCGCACUCAGGGCACUCCAGGAAGGAAUCUAACUGUUUCCAAUCUUGCCACAAACCAGGGAUCUGAUCCUGCUUGCUCCUCAGCGCCUAGUGUUGCUGCAAGCACAACUAACCGACCAUCUAAGUAUAGUGAUGAGGAAAUAGUAGGAACGCUCAAGCGAAAAAUUGCAUUGAUAUGCUCUAACAAAUACUCCUCUUUUGGUGAUUGCAUGGCUGAUGCCCAAGACUACAACAGAAAAAUUACACCAGACUCGCUGCGCAGGUUUGUUAGCUCUCAGGUGCCAAAUUUAGAUAAGAGAUACGUCAAUCUACUCGUCUCAUACCUGUGCACACAGGAGAAUCUCAGACAGAGUGCAAAUUCGCUUGGGAUAAGCAUAGCGGAAAUACAGCAGAGCCAGGUGGGAGCAUCUAGCAUGCCGGAACCAGCCUACAUAUCGGCAGUAGUUUUCAAUGACCUUUACAAGCUUCCUACCGCUACAGACGGCGGGAAGAGACGCAUAGAUGAUGCUAUCUGGACAUGCAUCACAACAGAGGCCAAUCUGAGUAACAUGGCUCUUUCUAAGGCAGAGCUUAUGGCCAUAUCUGUUAACAACCAGAGGUCGCAGGGGCUAUACACUGAUGACCCCCCUACGCCCUGUGAGCUCCAGACCCAUGCUUCGGUGUUUGGUAACCUGAACAUGGCUGAGGGCCGCCAGGGUGGGUCUCAGGGUGCCGCCAUGGCCCAGGAGAUCGCGCAGCAUCAGCGCCACACUAAGUCUGGAAAUUACUUUGAUACCACCGCGGCCCAAAAUGAUGACAUCACGUCCUACGUCAACUGCAGUAAUGUCAAUAUUGCGAACCCCGACACCCCCUCUACUCGCCGUCUCAGACAGUCUGGUCGUCAAGCCGAGCUUCUAACAAGCCAGCUCCAGAACCCCGCCUCGUCUACUCAGGCAGAGCGCGCCAGCGAGAUAAUACGUACUAAAAGACAGCUCCUUGAGGCAAUGAACAAUAAGCGGAGCGCACUGGCAGAGGCCUUAAUCAUGGCAGCAGAUCGAGCGACAGAUCCAAUAUCAUUCAGAAACUAUCUCAAGGACUUUACUCAGGAGUCUCUGACUAAUAACCAAAUACAAUGCAUUCUUGAGGGCUCUCUGGAUUCUAACGGCAAGAUCCAAAAGGAGAUCAUACUCAAGACUAUGGGCCUCGAUAACGAGUUUAUAGCAUAUGCAGAUUCCGGUUUGGAGAGUUCGAAGCUGAAGAACGAUCGUGUUUCUGACAGUAUGGUGUGCAUCUCGGCCGUUCGCGAGCAAAUGAAUGCUUCGAUAAGCGGAGCGCCACGCGAUAUGAUCUCAUCCAAGCGUGCCAUGCAGGCCAGACAAAAGCAGGAGUCAUCUAUAAUGAGGCAGCUGUCGUCUGCAGACCUAGAUCUUAUCAAACCUCGUACUCCAAACAUGAGCACAGUGGCAAAGCAUCAGGAUAGCUCUGCACUCGCCAAGGUUGUAUUCGACGUAGAGAAGAAUAUCACUGAGGAUUAUGAGGGCUGCCUAGCAGAAGCUACCGAGGCCAUUGUUGGGGGACACAGAAGGCGCCACCUUGGCGGUGACCUCAAUAAGAAGGACAACUUGGUUAUGAGCAAUGGAGGAGUAUACUCACUGCGAGACAGACAACUAGAAGAAGCAGAAGCAAACACCCGACGAAUCAAGAACACCCAAAGGUCUGUCAUGGAGCACUCCACCCCCGCCGAUGCUAUUCCACGACGUGGACGCGGGUGCAAUCAGGCUGUAUCGCAGCUAAGCAGCACAAUUGGUAACACACUUAAACAAAUUGAUGAAGAAUAUCUUGUAGAUUAUCAAUCUGGCCAAAUUGAUGAAACUGCCCCUGCUGAAGGAGGAAGUGUCCCGAAACCAGUUGCCUUUGAGGUUUGA